ACAGACUGUCUUAUAUUAACAUGUGUGUGUUAUAGAAACAGGGUCAAUAUUGUGUUUUAUAAUAUUCUAUCUAAAAAAUAAGGUUGGAGUACUUAUCCUUAAGGAUAAAGAUUAACGAGAAACCAAUUCAAGAAAUAUCUCAAACUAUUUAUUCAAUUUGAAAUAAUUUACAACAUUGAAUUCAUAUUUUUGAACGGAAAAAGCAAAGGAUUACCAACUAUAAUAUAAUGUCGCAUUCGACCGACAGUAAUUCUGAAAACAUAUCUACUCUCAGUGUAAUUUUACCCGACGAAAGUUCGUGUUUAUUAACCGACAUUUGCAUAGAACGCGAAUAUUUCAUUGUUGUCGAUAAUGUAAACAGACGGGUUAAACGUUAUAGAAAAGGUGAUAAUUGCUUGCAGGAUUACAUCUUUUUAGAAGAUCCAUGUGGGAUUUGCAAAUUAUUUUUAUCUUCUCAUAUUGUAGUUACAGAACCGUGCAAUAAACAAUUGACGUAUGUCAGCGUAGAGGGUAAUAUGAUCCUCAGUUCUCGAAGGAAGACUAACAAAAAGUAUAGUGCAAUCCGCUGCUUGGACGAAACAAGGCUUGUGGUUGGUUGUUGUGAACUGGCCAAUGCUUCAGUUGACAUACUAGAUUAUACUGGGAAAGUCCAACGGACUAUAAAUAGCAACGAGAAAGAAUAUCCCCUCUUUGUAACACCUGCUUGCUUGGCUUGUUUCAACGAGGAAUAUAUAGUUAUUUCUGAUUCGGGAACAAGGAAUGUGACGUGUAUAAACAAAAAUGAUAAAGUUGAAUGGAUUAUUGAACUCAAAUGUUCCCCAAGUGGUGUUUGUGUGUCCAAAUCAGGAACUGUGUACAUUUGUUUGUACAAUGAGAAUAAAAUUGUGACGGUUGAUAAUAUACAUAAUGGCGAUGUUGCAGGAAGUAUAGACGAUAUUCAAUUGAAAAAUCCACUCUCAAUCAGUAAUUCAACUGGAUGUUUGUACGUUACAGAGGAAAUGCCGAGUGAUAGAAUAGUUCAAAUUCAGAUUGAUGACCCUUCUGACAAAGGAAGAGUGGUAGACCUUUCUAAUAUUCAUCUUAUUACAAAGAAAGAAUCAGACAAUCAACAAAUAUCUUCAUUAUCAUCCGAAGAAGACGAACCUCAAUGAUAUUGUAUUGACUCUUGAUAAAAGAUUAUUUUAAUAAAGUACAUUGACACCAAACCUCCUUUGUGACAGAAGUAAAUAAAAUAAUAAACAUUCAUAGUUUAAA